AAAUUGUCAAGAGAAAUCUUAAUUUUUUUUUACCUAAUCGCUCAGGAACUUCACAACUCUUCAGCCGACAGGGACACCUGAGGAAAUGAGAGAGAGGAUAGGAGAUGUGUAGGUGAAAUAUUGGAAAGAGUGAAAUAGUGAAAGAGUGAAAGCGAUAGUGAAAACAUUUUUUGGUGGGCAUGGAGAGGACUAUCUGGAACUUUUAGAGAGAGUGAAACACAGUUGGGAUUCCGUACAUGGGAGCAAUUCAACUGUAAAACAGGUUUGUUUACUGACAGUGAUAGAGGUAAACAGAGAGAGAGAAAGAGAGAGAGAGAAAGAAGGGAAGAGAGAGACAACCAGAAGACCUCAAACCGUUGGCCGACUAAAUUAGUUACACUUUCUAACCGGGGAGAGCUUUCCUGUUGUGACCAUGGUAACCCUGAACCUAAGGUCCCUCACCCAACCGGUGGGUGUGUUGCGGAUUCUGGAGGUGGUGCUCACCUGCAUCUCCUUCAGCCUGGUGGCCUCGGUGGGCCACAACAGCAGCUCCUACUGGGCCUGGAGCAUGUUCACCUGGUGCUUCUGCUGCUUCUUCACCCUCUUCAUCCUCAUCAUGGAGUUCACCAGCCUCAACGCCAAGGUUCCCAUCUCCUGGGACGACUUCACCACCGCCUUCGCCAUGCUCGCCACGCUCAUGUGUCUGGCCGCCUCCGUCAUCUACCCCACCUUCUUCACCUGUCCCACCUGCUCCCGCCAGAUCGCCGCGACCGUCGUCUCGUUGCUCUGCUUCGGCGCCUACGUCGGAGAAGUGGCGUUGACCCGCUUCCGGGCUGGCGAGGUCAGCGGGUUCCUGUCCACAGUCCCGGGCCUGCUGAAGAUCCUGGAGACCUUCGUGGCGUGCAUCAUCUUCACCUCCCUAGACCCAGGACAGUAUCACUCCCCCGGACUCCAGUGGUGCGUGGCCGCGUACUCCCUCUGCUUCAUCUUUGCCCUCCUCAUCAUCCUCCUCACCAUUGGCCAGCUCCUCUCCAUCUUACCGUUCGGCUUUGAGAAGAUGGUCAUCGUCUACAACGGGCUGGCGGCAUUUAUGUACCUGACGGCCACGGUCAUCUGGCCUCUGUACAGCUUUGAGAACAACCCACGGCCCAGCCCUUGCGUUGGACGGCCUUGCCUGUGGGACAACCUGGUUGUGGUGUCCUUCAUGACUGCCAUCAAUACUGCCGUCUAUAUCAUGGACACUGUCUAUUCUGUUAACGUGGUCUUCUUUACACCGAUUGAGUGAGGGUGAGCCUUGACCUCGAUUGUCCCUGCCCCGCCAACACACACACUUGUUUUUUUAAGAGCGCAGAAAAGGGCAGUCGUUGCUCAAUGCCUUAGAAGAUGUGUGGGCCUGAUUCUCUGUAAGAUGGCUCUGUAAAAUCGGACUCUUUACAGACUACUACCAGGGCUACCAGGGCUGUGCCAUUCACAGUAUGGAGAGGGAACCUUGGUAAAUGAUUGAUAUAAUUGCAGCUGUAUAAAUAACAAAUUACCUGACGGAAUGAUCGAACUUUGGAUCCUCAUGCAAACAUCUCACAAUAGGAAUGUAUCUCCAUUAUUAUUUGAUUACCGGUCAAAACGUCUGUCCAUUGUUUAAUACUUAAAGUGUAACCCCUGAGAGAACAAAAUACGUAAAUGAAAUGAAUUAUAAAAGGACUGAAAAUGUGAUGUUCAUGUUAAUUUCGUUUUUUUUGUGGCUGUCUGACGUGUGCUUUUGAUAGGAUUAGUUGUUGUCAGACCCCUGCAAGUAUUCCAUGAGAACAGACACAGUAUGCCUCCAAGAAGUGGGCUCUGAGCUGGGCAUCGCUCAAUUGACAGGCAUCUUGGUGACCAGUCAUCAGUCAGGGCUGUAUUACCUCUCAAUCUCACUGCCACAUGAAAUACAAUGAUCUCGUAUCAACACUUGAAAUGGGAAAGUUCACUUGUUUUGAGGGGAUGGCGUCAGUAUCGUCUUCUCUGUCCAGCUUGUGCAGUCCUUUGAAUGCAGACUAGACAGUGAAGUUUUUUUUCCCCGUCUUUUUUUCGGACAGAACACCACAGUGUAAGGGUGUAGGUUUCCUAUUACAUUGGUUGAAAACUGUAAAUCUGUCCCCCCCACUUUUUAUUACGAAAGUUAUAUUUAACAUCCGUAUCCUCAGCUAUUGAAAAAAGCUGUCCCACCCACAUUUACUGGAACACAGAGAAGAGUAGAAUUGACGUUUAAGACGGGAAGAUUAGAUGAGAGAAAUUCAUGGGAAGAGAUCUCCUGUGCUCUCUCGUCAGAUGUUACACAUGAACAUCUUGUCGAACUGUUGUACAAUAUUGGACAUUGUAGAGUGGCUAGGAGCAUACCAUAGGACAGCACAAAACAACUUAAUAUGACACAGAAUACAGUAUAAAUUACAGACAGUGAGUUGGGAUCUUUUUCUUGACAACAGCAAUAUCUCAGAAAUGUAGUUACAAAAUAAGGAAAUUGUUUCUUUUCAAUAUGGUUGCAAUGGGCGUGUCCUCCCUCUGUCAAUCAUCACCUCAGGGAAGGGGGUUGCUAAGUUGCAUAUGUGUUCAUGACAUAAACCAUUCAAAAAUACUUGAUCACCCUCUAACCCAACAUACUGACUUUCAUAGGUACUAUACAGCUGAAAAAGUGUAACCUGUUGUAAAUUCAAUAUAGCAAUAAAAUGCUGUAUGCUACAGUAGUAACUUGUAUCUGGUGUUUGGUACUGUGUGUGAACUAGAACAGAAAGUAAACAGUCUAAGUUGACAGUUUAUGGUUUGUGGACACAGUUUUCACUUCUGAGAGGUAGGAACAUUCACUCACAGUAAUGUUUGAAGUACUGGAAACCUACAAACGUUUAUAUGUAUUUUUUCAGACUGAUACUGAAAUAUUUAGGUUGUAACAAGGACGUUGCCCAUUUCAAAAGAAACAGAAAGAGGAUAACUUACCUGGUUCUUUUUUAUGGAAGGAAUAUUUCAAGGUGGUCUAAAGAUAAAUAGCAUGUCUUAAAAUAGCUGUGAAAUAGUUCUGCAGCCGAGAACAAGGUUCACUGGAAUCUAAGAAAUACAGAUAUUUUACUUGAACAGACUUGCAAAAAACGGAUAAGUGGUUGAGGAUGGAUGGACACUAAAAACUCCAAUAUCCAAACUAAA